AUGUCGUUCUCGUCGCUCGUCUCAGACAUUGCCUACCGCAACCCCGUCAGGCCGGACCUGCGCUCAGCAGCCUCCGAGGCCGGCCGCUCUUACGCUAGCACAGCUGCCACCAGCGUCAGCAUAUCUGGCGACAUCAAGAGUCAACUGCAUGGAGGUUAUUCGCACCCCUUGGCACGAGCAUGGCAGGCAGAGCGACAGCUCACAAAGUCGAUGCUCAUCUACCCCCUCUUCAUCUCGGACCAGCCUGACGAGGAGACUCUAAUUCCUUCCCUACCAAACCAGCACCGCCGCGGUCUGAACAAGAUUGUUCCUUACCUCACGCCGCUCGUUGCCAAGGGUCUGAAGUCGGUCAUUCUCUUCGGUGUACCAAUCGCACCAAACGCGAAAGACGCCCUCGGCAGCAACGCAGACGACCCCAAGGGCCCCGUUAUCAAGGCCAUUCGCCUCCUGCGCCGCUCGUUCCCCGAUCUCUUCAUCACCGCCGACGUCUGCCUCUGCGAAUACACCUCACACGGGCACUGUGGUAUCUUGAGAGAUGACGGCAGCUUGAACAACCAGCUCUCGGUAGAGCGAAUUAGCGAUGUCGCCAUCUCAUACGCUUUGGCUGGCGCACACUGCGUUGCACCUUCAGACAUGAACGAUGGACGCAUCCGUGCUAUCAAGCUGAAGCUCAUCGAGGCUGGUAUCGCGCACCAGGUCGUGCUGAUGUCAUACUCCGCCAAGUUCUCCGGGUGUCUGUAUGGCCCCUUCCGUGAUGCUGCAGGCUCAUGCCCCUCAUUCGGCGACCGACGAUGCUACCAGCUGCCACCGGGCGGUCGUGGUCUUGCUCGACGAGCGAUCACACGAGACAUCAGCGAGGGUGCAGACAUCAUCAUGGUCAAGCCUGCCAGCCAAUACCUUGACAUCAUCAGCGACGCGAAAGAGAUUGGCAAGGAUAUGCCAGUCGCAGCCUACCAGGUGUCUGGCGAGUACGCCAUGAUUCACGCAGCGGCCGCUGCAGGUGUUUUCGAUCUAAGAGCGAUGGCUGAGGAGGCCACACAGGGUAUUCUGCGAGCAGGUGCCACGAUCAUCGUCAGCUACUUCACACCAGAAUUCCUGGACUGGUUAAACAACUAG